GAUACGUACCUUCAAGUUACUUAGAUAUGUUGUUAUGAAAUCACAAUUUUCAAAACAAUAACUAAGUGAGAAAGAUAAAAGAAUAUAAACAUUUUAUAUUUUUACUAGUAUAUUUGACUAAUAAUAGUCUUUAUAUUUUACGCGUUUCUUUCCGCAUUUGAUAAAAAUCAAAGCUCAAACUUGAAAUCAAAAUGAUAGAAAGUGAUGAAAGUGAUUUAGAGUAUGAAGUUGAUGAAAAGGGCCAAAAUGUACUCGUGAAGUCCAUGGAAUCUUCACAAAGAGCUUAUAUUAGGUUUACAAACCGCACAUCACGUCCUGUCGACGUUUGGUGGCGGGAUUUCCGUGGGGUCAAGAUACAUUAUGUGCGCAUCGACUCUGGCGAUCAUUAUGACGUAAAUUCAUUUAUCACGCACCCAUGGGAGUUCACUGAUGUUGCUACAAAGGAGAGGUAUGUUAUUAAUAACAAUCCUAUCUAUCGUCCACCCAGAAAUAUUGGUGGGAUGACGUUUAGAACAAAUUGGAACAUAACUAUUGGAGUUCGUAGUUUAAAGAUGACCGCGCUCUUGGUUUUGGCAAUUCAUUUACAAGAUUCAGAUGCGGUCAAUGUACUAGGACUGCCAAGAACCCUUGCAAGGGAACUGCAGUGUCUCACUGCCAUGUUCCAUCCUCCUAGGCCUAUUGUCCAGCCGGAAGGUUCCCCCGUGCAUCAUAGAACAAGCAGUCGGAGGGACUGACGACAGCUUGUGUUUACUAUUGUAGUUAUGAUGAUAUUUAUGUACUUACUGUGGUGUUACUUUAGUUAUCUAGUGAAAAGGGUGCUGAGGGGCUUAAAAAUACAUUAAGAUAUUAUAGAUUAAGAACUUGUUAUGUCUAAAUGAAUGUUAAAUAUAACAUCAGAAAUAUAAAUAAUUCAUAUUUUGUUUGUAUUUUAUAAUAUUGUAUUUGUAUCACUUUUGUUCAUUUACAUUUAUUUUGUUAAAAAUUAAAAUGUUAAAAUAUUUUAUAUUAAAAAUAUAAUAUAAUUACUAUGAGCCUCUAUAUUUAUCUUUAAUAGUUAAUGGCUUUUAAACCGUCAACAACUGUCAUUUUAAAGUGAAUGUACAGAAGUACUCCCCUGUUUUAUGUUCUUGUUUUUUGAAACCAUCUAACCCAGUGGCUUGGCUGUUACCUUUACUUGUAUGUUUCAAGGUAUAGAUAUGAUAACUAAACCUGGAAUGUUCACAUAGCUCACAUAAAUACAAUUUUAUCAUACAACAGGAGAGUAUAAUUUGUUUUUAUUAUAUUAUGAAGAUUGUAGUUAUGUACAUAAAUUAUUGGUAAUGUAUACAAUUUUAUCCUGUUGGUUGGCCAGUAUGCAUUCCCAGAUUGCAUUAGUGAGAGUUACAUCCUUGAGCAAAAAUGGAAAGGUUUUACUUAAUUGAUAUUUGUCCUGUAAGGUAAUACUAUUAAGCAAGUAAGUGAUAAUUGUUAAUUCUAUUUUAUAGAGUAAAGGAGAAUACAAAAUUUAUGGGACUUGUUCUAAAUUUUCAUCACCAACUUCACCUAUGUAGCUAAAUAGUCAAUUAUAUAAGUAGUAAUACUCACUUACCACUAAAGGGCCUUCAAAAUAUUGCAAUUAAAAGGUGUAAAAAUAUUAUUAGUUAUAUUAUAAUCUAUCAGUUAAUAUUUUUGUGCACUUUCACUUUGUCGUAUUUAAAAGUCUGAAAAUUUUGCAUGGUAAAUAUAUUCUGUCAACCACCCAAUCAACUUUAUUAUACUUUGCUUUGGACCAAAUAAGAAAGGUCAAUGGAGGUCAAAACAGGAGAUAUUGGUGGCCAUGGGAUGUCCACAAAUUGCCAAGGUCACAAAUGAAGAGUCAAUAUCUAUGUCCAGUAUAGAAUAGCCAAGAGUUGUGAGUAAAUAAACAUUCAAAAUAACAUAAUUUUCUCCAAGUAUCUGUAUGGCUAUGCAAAAGAGACAAAAUCAUGUAGCCUUUCUACUAGUCCUGUUCUGUGGUGCUUAGUAAGUAAAAAAAACAUGAUAUAUGUUACGUAGAAAUAAGUAAUGAAAUGUGUUGAAAUAUUAUUUACAAGGUCAUGACUCCAUUAGCAUUAUAAUAUUUUUUUUUCUGUCCUCAUAACACUGACUGCAUCUUUCAUAAACUAUUUGAAAACAAAUGUCUCAUCAGGUGGAAAUUUAGACCACACUUGGGGAUUCUCCUUUUCCUCCCUUGUUAUAGAGAGACUGCACCACUCGCUUUACUCUAACUGGAAGGUACUGAUUUAUAAGACCUUAUUGUAAAAUAGAUUAAGUAUAAUUUCCAAUGUAGUUGUAAGUAAUUAUAAACAAAUUUUAGGUGUCUAAUGGGUGUACUUACAUUAUUAUGCCAUACAUCUUACAUAUAUCUAUAUGCAUUAUACAUUAUAUAUAAGACUGAAAAUUAUAUUGUUCUAAUAUUAAUUAUAGUAUUGCCACUAAAUGAUGAAUAAUUAUAUUUAAUUCUUAACACUAUUAAGCCCAUUGUGGCUUACCACAGAAAUUUAAAUAACAUAAUAAUAAUAGAAAUGCUAUAAGUGUUAGUUGUUUUAUGAAUGCUUAAAUAUAUUAUAUUUUUAUUCAUUGUUAACAAGAAUUUGUGAUUAUAAUAUGCUUUUAUGUUUUUAAUCAGAUAUUUUAUUUAGUUUGAAUGUGGAAUACACUCGAUUAAAUAUGUUAUGUGUAUAUAAGGAUUCAAACAGUUGUAGGUGUAGAAAUCAAACUCAAAUUUAAUUUUUCUAUUAAAGAUGUAUCUUUUUUUUUAUUUUUUUUUUUUUCAAAAAAUGCUUGGGCUGAUCCAAAAGCAUUGAUAUUGAAGAUGUUAGUUAGUUCGUUUAGCUGGGCUCAUUACACACUUAGCCUCUUGAUUGGGCCAUUGUGCGUUUUUAAAAAUACUCCAACCAGCCCAGAUCAUUCCAGAAGUCUAGCAGUCUUUUUAAGAUUCUGCAGGCAUCUGGAAUUGAUGCUGGUGAUUGGAGUAUUUGUGCUCUUUGUUCAGCUGCACUGCUGUACUCAUAAGCAAGUGCAAGCACAGGGGGCUGUCUGUUACACCUAUGAUAGACAGAUGCUUGUUCACCUGUGACUACACCUACAAUUGUGCAUAUAUUGUCCCGGUGUAGUCUCAUAAGGUUGCGGGUGAACCUCUUUGGGGGCACCGGGACCACAUUCUUUGUUUGCCUGCAACCUUUGCUGUUUCUCCAUUCUGUUAGGUGCGAUUGUUCCGUUUUUCCUCAUAGCAAUUUUUUUUAUUUGGGCCUGAGGUUUCGGUAGUAGUGGCUCAGGUCCAUAUGCUACGGCUUCGGAUCCCCUUUUGGCUAGUUCAUCUGCGGCAUCAUUGCCCAGUGAGUUGCUGUGUCUUUUAAUCCAUUGCAGAGUGACUCUGUUCUGGUUAACGAUGGAUUGAAGUGUGUUAUGGCAUUCCAGUCUAAGGACAGAUGUUAUGGUGUUGUUUUGCAACACCUGAAGUAUGAAUGCUUUGUCUGAGAUUAUCUUUAUGUUAAGGUCUCUGACAUCUCUAGCUGCUACUGUCUGAGCUGCUCUAGUGAUUCCAAUACAUUGUUUGAAAUAUUGUGUUAAAGUUGUCUAGUGUUGUUGAUAAUUUUAUAUUUAGAGAAAACUCCGGAUUCUUCUAUAUAUAUUCUGACUUCGUUGAUGCCAGAGUUAUCAUUUGCUUCCACAUUAAGUCAAAUACAUGGUGGCACAGUGUUCUAUCCAUGGGUGCAUCUAGAAGUGGUAUUUCCUUCAAGAUUCCUUUUAGGACUCUGGAAUGAGUGGUUUCUGUGUUUUGUUUCCAUAGACCAUUUGCUCUUAGUCUUAAGGCAGUUGCCUGUACGACUAAAUCUAAGGGUCUAAGAUUCAAGAGGUAUUCAAGCGCGGAUGAUGGAGUGGUUCUCAUGCACUCAGUAGCCCCUACGGUCGCUAAGCGUUGUAGACUCUGUAGUUUCUAUUUUACUGUUAUCAGUUGUGUCCUGGGCCACCAUACAACUGAUCCAUGGGUGAAGGAAGUUCUGAUGACGGAUGUGUAUGGCCAUAGUACUAUCUUUGAGCUGAUACCCCAUCUUUUGCCUAUUAGCCUUUUGCGCUUGUAGAAGCUUGUUUUAGCUUCGAUGUGACUCGCCCAGUUUAAUUUGUUAUCAAGGAUGACGCCCAGAUAUUUCACUUGACUUGACAAGGAGAGUUUGGUGUUAAAUAAUUUUGGUGGUUGGAGAUAUAUAUAAACAAAAACAUUUAAUUAAUUUAUUCAGGGAGCAUAUUUAAGAAUAAUCAUUCUGAAAAAUCACGCGAAACAUUUAAUUAACACCGGUCACUCACUCGGAAAAAAUAAUAAUUAUAAUAUUAGUUUCUUAUAAAUCUUUUUUUACAUGUAUGUAAACAUACAUGUGAAAAAGGAUUUCGCUUGAAUGUGUUAGAGCAAUUAGAAAUGCCUCUUGUAGGGCUAAACACGUGUCGAAUUUUUUUAAGACUAAUAUUGGCGGAAUUAACACUAAAGAAAACUCAAAUCAUUUGAAUAAUCUCAUUGUAGUAUUCACCACUAUCUAAACCGCCCUUUUGCUAUUGAAGGAAAACCAAAAUUAUACUUAUUUGAAAAAAUAUUUAUUUUACAUGUUUGCAAAUAAGUCCAAUUUUUUUCAAACUUAACCUUUAAAAACUUAUUUUUCUUGGCUUCUCUAAAAUAUCUCAACAGCGGCCAUCACUUCAAUAUCAUCUUCAAAACCCCCAAAGUCACUGAGAGGUUGAUCUGGCAAAUAGAGUAGAUGUUCAAAUCCUGUGUCUUUAAUUGCUUAAGAAGUUAUAUUAUCAUUGCAUAAAUCACUUCUGCCAUGACCAAGAUCCAUGCAAUUGGAUCGAAAUAUUGGCUAUAAAUAAAUAAACUUUAUAUCAGGACUAUCCGUAAUAAUAAUAACUAUCUUAAAAUUUCACGAUGCUAAAGAUCUCAUGAAACGGGAGUUGUCUUGAUGAAAUAGGACUCCGGCGAGUAGUUUGCCGCGUUACUUUUCCCCCUACUAUGCUUUGACUACUAUGAAAAUAAACUCAUAAUUCGUAAAGAAACUUUUUGAUAGAAGCUAGUAUUACCUACCUUUUCCAUAACAUUAUUUUUGUCAUAAAAUUAACCUUGAUAAUGUCAUAACCUUGAAAACUAAUGCCUCUAAUCUAAGAUUGGAAAUGACGAAAUGUGGUUUCUCUGUCGGUUGUCAUCACAAACAAUAAACGUGAAUAAUUUUUAUUUAAUAACGUUAUUAAUUACUCGAAAACUGUUCAACGCUUCUCCAAUAACCGUAAUCAACAUUGUUUUUGCCAACAUUUUAUGCAAAACUAUUCGGUGAUCAUUUUCUGGGGUUUGACUGCUAAGCCUGGGUUUUCCUAUGAUUAGUUAUCCAAUUGUUGUGAGCCUUCUCGAGUGUAAAUUCCGCUAGGAUUCCUCUUCCACCAAUUUGACACGUGUUUCGCCUCUACACGAGGCAUCCUCAGGAGAGGUUAACUGAAAUUGUGAAUUUGGCGACAAUUUGGAUGUCCGCAAAAUAACGCGUAAUUCAAUAUUUGUUUGGUGACAAGUUCUCAAUUAGUGCCUUCAUUUUCUAAAUAUUCCCCUAUAAUAAUUCCUUCAGCAUCCCAAAAAACGGAUGUUAAAACAUUUACUUCUGAACUUAACACUUUGAAUUUCAUCAGCUUAUCACACUACCAAGUUACCUCAUAGCUAUAUGCCUGACUGAAGCAGGGUAGGUCGGUUAAUGUUCCCACCCAAUCGUCGUGUAGGUAGAUAUUUUUUAUACAGAGGUAUAUUAAUGAAAGCUCUAAUUUAGUUUUUCUCCAUCUUGAUGUUCUUUGUUGGACCAUUCGUAUGUAUCUCCAUGAAUGUAUCCAACUUGUGGCCCAUUUAUAUGAUUGUUUUUGACCUAGUAAGUCUAUGAGGUAGCAAAAAGUUUUGGAUCACCCUCAGUAUAAGUGUACGUAUCCUAACUUGUAAUCUAUAUAGAAAGGGAUUCUAAUUACUAAAUACAUAAUAUAAAAAUGCAUUUUAUUAUUUUUUCGGUUGUAAUUUAUACCAAAGAUUAAUUAUAUUUUUUUAAUAUUACUUGUAUGUAUGUAAUAUUAUAUUGUGUCUAUGGAUGUUGCGGUUUACAAUAUACAUACUGUAUAUGUUAUUAUUUAAAAUUAUAAAUGAAUUAAGAUUUAUCUGUGUUAUUUUUUUUAUGGAAUAUCAGAUGAAAAUGCAGGUUAAAUUACAUAAGAGGUCUUCUUUUUCAAUAAUUUCUAAAUAGUUUGAAUUGUAUAAUUGUUCUACAUUAUUUUGUAGUUAACUUAUAUAUUUAUUGCUAUUCAGCAACAGCCGAUAGGGUUUUAAAAGGUAAAAGAUCUGUUCACUUAGAAAGAUAAGGUAGGUAUAUAACAUUUUGUAUGUUUCAUAAAAUAUGUGCCAUUUAUUAUUAUAUAGCUGUAUUGUUUAUACCGUUUUGUAAGCACUAUUAAAUGUAAACUAAUUUGUAAAUAA